UUGCCGCAAAGACCGGCACCGGCCAUGUCUGACCCAGUUCCAGUUCCCAAAGCAGCCCCAGUUCCAGGGGUGAGUCUUGCCGCGGCGCUGCAGAUGGAGGGGUUCUGGGCUAAUGCCAGGCUACAGAGCAUGGCAUUGGAAAAGCAGAUGCUUGAGAUGAACAAAGAUCGGGUGAAACGUGCUAUGGAUGUCAUGGCAGAUUUGGGAAAGACCCGAGAUGAAGUCGGCCAGCAUCAAGAUCAGUUUCGCUGCCAAACAGCAAAGAAUGAAGAGAUCAGAAAGGACAUCGAGAGUUUGCGCGGUCAGAAGGCGAUCUUGGAGAAGAGCACCUGCAGCACCCGUCAGAUCAGCGACACGUCUCCAGAGAUGGUCGAAAUCGUCGAUUGUCCAUGUUUUCGAGUCUUGACUCGAACCAUCGAUGGAGGCGCCGCGGAUUCGGGGUAUCUUUCAAUGGUGAAAGGGACGGUCUUGGUGGCGGUCUGCCUCGAAGAAUAAUUUUUCUACGGCAACGAGUUGCAUCGACCCAGCAACUGCGGCUGGUUUCCCGUCUCGGCCACCAGCGACUUGCGCUCGCUAGCAGAUGACCCUGGAAUCCUUGGAGCUGUUGAGAGUUGAAGAAAGCCAAGUAGACUGUGCUGGACAGGGCGCAUUGGGAGGCCGAGAGCUUUGAGACAUGACUUCCAGCAUCUUCCAGCUUAGCAUCCUCUGUCUCCUUCGGCGGCGCGCCUGAGGCUCGGAGAUCCGUCCGCGCGCUCGUCCGCGCCAUCACGGCGCUCACAGGGUCCUUUGAACUGCAGUGCUUCCGGUGCUCGAUUCAGCAGUGGCACAAAGUCCUGGUGAAUCCGCCACUAUCCAACCAAUACCAACCAUGAACAAUAACAUCCAAUAGCCAAUAGAUACCGUGAAACACCAGAAUUUCUUCCAGAUGAGAAUUCGUCCCAUUGAC